AUGGCGCCACUUCAUAUAACAAAAAAAAAACCAAGCUAUGUACCUCCACAAGGUAUCCGCUGCCAAAAGUGCCUGGAAUUUGGUCAUUGGACUUACGAAUGCAAGGGAAAGAGAAAAUUUGCGGACCGCCCAACUCGUACGACGUUGCUCAAAAGGAAUUUGAACAAAGACAGGCCUGCCAGUCAAAUCUUAUCCAAGUCCACAAAAGAAGAGAAAUCGAAGAAAAAACUAAAAGAUGCGAAACGGAAAAAGAAAAGUGCAAAAUGGGACUCGGAUAGCGAUAGUGACGGUUCUUCCAGCAGCGGUAGCAGCAGCGAUGACAGCGACACCGAUAGUGACAGUAGCAAUAGUAGCAGUAAUAGUAGCAGCAGCAGCAGCAGCAGUAGUAGUAGCAGUAGCAGUAGCAGUAGCAGCGGCAACAGUAGCGACAACAGUAGCAGCAGCAAUAGAAGCAGGGGUAGUCACAACAGCAAAAAGAGAAGCAAAGCUGAAAAGCAAAAAUAA